GGAUCUGUCCUCUUGCCCUUGUACACUAGCAGAAUUUUCUGCAGCGGUUAUAUGGAGCAGUUCUCCAACACCGCCUUGACUAUGGUGAUCCUCUCUUCUUUGGAAAAACCAGACCUCUGAAUGAAUUGAAGGAAAUGGCUGAGGGUUUUGUGAACUUCUUCAUACAGAGAUUGGAUUCUCUAUUAGUUCAGGAGGCAGAAAGCUUCUCUGGUUUUGAAGAUGAAGUGCUGCGGAUCAUGGGCAUACUCAGAGAGAUUGGAUCAUUCUCUGCAGAAUCAGGCAGUGCAGAAGAAAUUGAUGCUGUUCAUAGUUGGGUGCAUGAGCUAAAAGGUAUAAUCAAUGAAUUGGAUGAUUCUGUUGACGAGUUCAUAAUUCAGAUGGAUGCUCACAACGGGUCUGAUCAGAAGGUGUGGAUUGAUAGCUUCAGAAGUGAGUUGCAGAAGGCAGGUUCUCGUCUAGCUGAAACUGUCCAUAGAAUGAGAGAACUCGACAAUUCAAUUAAAGGGGAGAAGGGAGAAGACGAAAACUUUCAUGGGAUGGAUGAAGGUGAGACAUCUGCUUCUUCUGCACUCAAAUUACAGUACACAAAUUUGCCAUAUCACCUUCAAAUUUGUUUAACCUAUUGCUGUAUCUUCCCUGAGAAUUAUUGGAUUAAUAAAGGGAGACUGAUCCGGCUAUUCAUAGCCGAAGGUCUGAUACAAGGAAAAGCAGGAGAGGUUAUAGAGGAUAUAGCUCAGGAGAAUAUAAAUGAACUGAUCAACCUGGGAAUGCUUCAAGUAGUAGAUCAUCCUGGCAAUGGAAUCAAGUUAGUGGUACCCUCUCAUUACAGAGAAGUCUGUCUUCACAAAAUAAAGGAAGAAAAGCUCAUUACUGCAUGUCCCAGUUCAGAUUCCAGUUUCCCCCUAACUGUUCGCUGUGUUUCAAUCCAUUCUGACAUGAAACAAGUUGAAACUGUCUUGAAUAAUGUCCGAACUAGAUCUUUGUUCCUGUUUGGUAAAAAAGGCUCUUCUGAAGAAAAUUGGGAUUGGCUAAAUCAUUACGGGUCAAAAUUUUUGCGGGUGCUGGAUCUGGAAGAUUCCAAGAUCAAGCACUUGCCAGAUGAGGUGGGAGACUUGAUGCACCUGAGGUAUCUGGGUCUGAAAAAGACACAUAUAAAUGAGCUUCCUGAGAGACUCGGAAAUCUGCGAGCCCUGCAAACUUUGGACAUCAGAUGGUGUGGAAAUCUAACAGCAGUGCCAAAAGGGGUCCUAAAUCUUCUGCGAUUAAGACACCUCAAAAUGUUCAAGAGCAUAGGCAUUGGUGGAAUGGAUGUACCAAAAGGGAUAGGAAGAAUUAAAAGCCUCCUAACCCUUACUGGCAUAUAUGCUGGUGAUGGCAUAGCCAGAGAGUUAGGCAGCUUGAUUCAGCUUAGAAGAUUGGGAGUGAUGGAUGUCGCUGAAGAUGAUGUAAGUGAGCUAUUUGUCUCAGUUAUGAAGAUGCAGGAACUGUUAUGCUUGUCUCUCCAAGCAAAACACGCUUUUCACCAAGGAACACUUACACUAUUGGAAACCUUCGUGCCACCACCACUUCUUAGGAAACUUCAGCUAGAAGGGGUCCUUGAAAGGAUUCCCAACUGGCUUGGCCUGAUGGAAAGACUUACCUACCUGAGGUUAGGUUACUCUCAUCUGUCUGAGAACCCAACUUCUGUACUUCAGCUCCUACCCAAUUUGAAAAUUUUGACCUUAUGGCAAGCUUUUGAAGCAAAGCAUAUAGGGAAAGAGUUUUGCAGGGCUGGUGGGUUCCCCAAGCUUGAGGAUCUCACUAUUGCUUCUCAUGGUCUAGAGGAAUGGACAGAACUUGAAGAGGGAGCAAUACCAAGCUUGGAGUUCCUCCACUUGCAUAACUGUUUGCGACUGAGGACGCUCCCUGAAGGGUUGCAGUUCAUCACUACAUUGAAGCAGUUAAGUUUGCUACCUUUGCUUGAUGAUCAUGAAGAGAGGUUGAGACCUGAUGGAGGAGAAGAGAAUUACAAGAUCAAACACAUUCCGCAGGUAAAAUUUAUCACUAUGUCUGCAGUGAAUCAGAUCGCUAUGCGUUCAAGAGGUAGUGAAGAAUGAAGAAUAAGAGAACAAACAAGCACAUGCUGCUGGUUAAGACAUUUUAUUAAUUCUAUUCUAGGUCCUAUGUUCUUUAUCAUCCCAUACUAUUUUCUCCUUUCUGUUGUUUGUGAUUUUAUGUGAGGUUGUUUACCUUCAUGUUGUUUGCAAUUGUUUUCUCCUUUCUGCUGGUUAAGACAUUUUAUUAAUUCUAUCUAUGUUCUUUAUC